AAAAAGUGCAGUUUUUUUCAAAAUUCUCAGUAAAACACCCUAAUUAUCAAAGAAAAAUGAUAUUUUCAGACUCGUUUUUGUUUGUGCUGUGCCUAACGGACACCGGAGCUAUCUUAUUCUUAUUUGUAUACUUUGUGAUAACAAUAUCGGACUUGGAAUGCGAUUAUUUGAAUGCACAGCAAUGCUGUUCAAGACUAAAUAAAUGGGUGAUGCCGAAAUUAAUAGCGCAUACUUUUCUAACAGUGAUUUUACUGUUUCACGGGCAUUGGGCGUUGUUUUUGUGCAACGUGCCGAUGUCUUGUUGGAUGGUUUACGAGUUGUUGAAAGUACCAACUGGAAAUAUGGGUGUGUAUGACCCCACAGAGAUUCACAAUCGGGGUUUGUUGAAAAGGCAUAUGAGGGAUUGCAUGAUCUACUUGGGGUACUAUUUGCUGUUUUUCUUCAUUUAUUUGUAUUGUAUGAUUUUGUCAUUAUUGAAAGGUGAUCCAAUCAAAAGACACCAGGAGGGGGAGAUAGAUUUCUGAUUGAUGAAGGAACUUUCAGCUAAAUAUAAUAAACAUCAAUUUUAGUAUUUAUUUUAAAUCUCACAAGAUUUCG